CAAAACGGCCCUUCGUAGAUCUAUAUUUAUUUAAGGUAAUUUGAUCCAUUGGGUUUUCCUGUCAUAAUCAAUGCACUCUUGAAUUCAUUAAGUCUACAGGAGAAGAUUUAAUUAAAAUGGACAUGGUAGGAAACGUAGACUUCUGUCCUGUAACCACGGAUACCUGGGAGGCACGUGCAAUGCUAAAGCAAUCAGACUGUGGAGGACAGAGCGUGUACCAUUGCCUGUCCGACAACAAGGGACGGAAGUGGGAGAAGUGUGUAGAAAAGACACAGCUGAUUGGAGGGCAUUGUCCGAUAUUCACUGAUGAUGGUUACAUUGACUGGAAGCAGUGCAAUACCUCUAUGUCCACCUGUCCAAAUAGCACCUAUAUCUCGGAUGAAGUUUACAAAUAUCCAGCAUGCUUUGGUAACAACACUCCAAGUACACACGUAGUUGGGGAUUCCAAUGUACCUGGAGCUAGUAGUCCCUCAGUCGCUUUGAUCAUUGGCAUCGCCGUUCUAGUUUUGAUCAUAGUUUCCAUGGCUCUUGCAGCAAUGAUUAUCGUUUAUCGCCGAAGGAAAAGUAAAUCAAAUUGUUCAGAGAACACCGACGAAUUGCAGGCACUGAUUCAAGAAGGAAUUAACAUGCCAGUAGUUAAAAUGCGGUAUGUCCUGAAUGGGAUGGCUGCUCUUUCGAGAGAAGGUGAGAAAUCCAUAGUCGUACUUGGUAGAUUCGGAAAUGCUGUCUCCAGUACAUCUCGUCGUAUAUUAGAAAGUUUUGCAAAGCAAAAGGAGUGGACCCCCAUGGAAUUCCGAUAUACAGACAUACCAUGCACUGUGGAGGAAAACACAAUCAUGUUUGUGUACGGCUGGUUUGGGUUUUGGAAUGAUGACCCAUGCUCCAUCGAGAAAGUGAGAAAGGCGUGUCGAGAAUUAACACAGCUUGUAUACGGAAAGCCCAAUGUUAAAGUAAUAAUUGGAAUGAGAUCGGAUCACCAUAAGAAAUAUCAUGUACAGAUAGAUGAAGCAAUCAAAGACUUGUUUCAUAACGAAAUAAAUCUUGAUUCUGAGGAUAUGCAUAAAGAUGCCGAGCAUUCGAAAUAUUUUGAUGAAAAUAUUAAAAAGGCAUGUGUGAAAAGUGAAUCCGCGUGCAAAGAUUUGAAAUUCCAUACAUUAAGAAAAGGUUGUGAUAAAGCGAUAGGCAUUCCUCUAAAACUGAAUGUCCUCGCAAAGUAUCAUGAUCUGAUCCACGAUUAUGUUGCCAAUCGCGAUCUCUUAAAAGCGAUGACAGAUCACUUCACGGCCCUCGAGAAUGACACAGAAAAGAAGCAUGUUUAUGGAUGGAUUAUGUACAUUUGUUUGAAAGGAAAGUAUGCAAGGUCUGAGAAUGUCGAUGACGCACUGAUUCAAAAUAUGAAGUUCGGUAUAACAGCGAGAUCUUUUGAAGAAAACUAUGACGAACUGAAUAGAUACGUUAGAAUGAGGAAUUCUGAUCGUCUAAGCAACAUACCGCCCCAGGAUGCACAGUAUGUCUUUUGGCACCAAUUUAUAUACAUAUGCGCUUUCCAUUAUAUGUACAAGAAAGAUCCUGAUGCCGUCAUGUCCUACUGUAAUAUUGACGCAAUUGUUCAACUCGUCCGCCCAGAGGGGGUAAAGAAGACGUAUCUGGAGGUCAGCGCCGACAGUCCUAGAGUUGCCAGGUUCAAUGAAAGAAUGCAACAAAAUGGUCUGGUAGAUGAGUAUAAAAAUCAUCCAUUGAUUAAAACAACAGCAGAAGAUGCUCAUAUGGGCUUUAAACAGAAAGAUGAGAUAAGCAUAUCAAUGGAGGGUUUGCAUAUGAUAGCUAAUCUUCAAAUACUAAAAAUGUCUUCGCCGAAUGAUAAGUAACUGUGUAUUGUAUGAAUUGACCUGUGUAUAAACUUUGCUGCAAUCUGAUUUUGACUUGCGUAUAUACUCUACUGCAUCUUAUGUAUAACGAAUUUCUAAAUCGAACCAGGCUACUGACAAAUAAGUUGAUGUUACCGGAGUUUCAACAGUCACAUUCAUUGGUACCAUUUCGCUAAUUCUAUGGUCGUUAUAAUGAUCUUAUUUGCAAAUACAACCUGUCGUUGGGUUGAAUGUUGUCCGACAUUUUAUGCCGUCCUUUGCAUAUUGAUUUCGACUACGAAUUACUCCGUUUACGUGAAGAAGAUAUAGGGUUCACGGUCAGUGUGACUGGUCAACAAGAAAAGAUUACUUUUCCAUGUCACCUGAUCUCUGGUGUGUCCAGGGGUCUGUGUUUGCCCUACGCUUCAUUUUGUAUUCUUUGUGGAAUAUAUUAGAUUGGUCAUUGUUCGUCAUCUUCAUUUUUUCAUUAUGAAUUGUUGUAUCAUUUAGAUAGAUGAAUAUGUGGCACUUGAACUUUCUGCACGUGACGAUAACCUGAAUGUAAAUGUACAUAGUGUUAUUCGUGUAUGAAUGUUGUACAUUGUAUGAGUCUCUUGCUUAAUUAUGUCACGUAAUUAUUAAAAUGUACAACAAGUGUAUGAUAUACAUUGUACAUAUAAUAUAUUUUUUCAAAAUACACUUUGUAAUUAGAUGAAUUUUAUUUUUCUCUUUUCAUAUUCAAAAUUUGUUCAUAGUGAUUGUAAUUAGAAUUGGCAGAUAAAGGCAACUGAAUCUAA